AUGGCUAAACUUCAACAUCCAACCACCUUGUUGGUGAUGGCUGGCUAUUUGAUCGUAUCCUUCUUGUGUAGUUUCUUGUUACUUUCGAAUAGUGUCACUUGCAUGUACGAUGAUUUUCAACAAAAUUCUUGGGAUCAAGUUCCUGUUCAAACCAGAGAAAUGAUUUCGAAUAUUAAUUCUCAACCAUCAGCAUCUUGGCAAGCCGUUGAAUAUCCUCAAUUUAAAGGUAAAAGUUUGGCUGACAUGACCAAUUUACUUGGUGCUUUGAACGUCAAUGAAAACGAUUUGAAAGGAGAGGUCAUGGAUAAAGAUAAUAGCACUAACACUCCUUUGAGCGAUUCAAGAUAUUUAACAAUUUUACGUUUGCGAGAUUUUCCAACUCAAUUCGAUGCUAGAGAACAAUGGCCACAAUGUAUUAGAUCGAUUAAAAAUCAAAAGAAUUGUGGAUCUUGUUGGGCAUUUUCUGCAAGUAGUGUUUUGGCUGAUAGAUUUUGUAUUAAGAGUGGAGGAAAGGUUAAUGUCGAUCUUUCUCCUCAAUUCAUGGUUUCAUGCAGUGGACAAAACAAUGGAUGUAAUGGUGGUUUCUUUGAUGCUACUUGGAGAUUUUUAGUUUCUGUUGGAACAGUAUCUGAAGCAUGUGUUCCGUAUGUUUCCUUUGGAGGCGCAGUCCCUGCAUGUAAUGUCAAAUCUUGUGGUGUUCCAGGUCAAAAGUCACCAUUUUACAGAGCUGGUUCUGCAAGAAAACUUGAAGGAAUGCUUGAUAUUAUGGCAGAUUUGAAGGCAAAUGGACCUAUACAAGUUGCCAUGGGCGUAUACAGAGAUUUCUACUCCUAUAAGUCUGGUGUUUAUCAUCAUGUGUCUGGAAGAUAUGUCGGUGGUCAUGCUGUCAAAAUUGUUGGGUGGGGAUAUGAUUCUGCCUCCAAGCUUCCUUAUUGGAUUUGUGCUAAUUCUUGGGGAGAAGAUUGGGGAAUUAAAGGAUAUUUUUGGAUCUUGAGAGGCCGUGGAGAAUGUGGAAUUGGAAAAAUGGUUUGGUCUGGUAAGCCAGCUUUGUAAAUCUUUGCAAAAUUAUUUACAACUCAAUUUGUGAAUAAAUUUCUUUACAAUUUUUC